AUGUCCUGUGAUGUUGGUGAUCUCUUCAAUACUCCAUUUUUGCAGAAGAGGGAGCUCCGAGAUAUGUACUCAGCAAACCGAACACACCGUGCAGAAACGAGGAAUCGAACAAAGGAUGAAUUGCGGAAAGUCAUUAGUUCCAUAGAAAAAGUGCGGAAGUGGGAGAAAAAAUGGGUUCUCAUCAAGGAUACCGCCAUUAAAAUACAGAAAUGGGUUCCUGUGACAGCACAGAUGAAUAUCCCACCUCCUAAGAUUACAAAGCCGGCUAUAGAUGAGGAUACUAGCAAUACCAUACAAUCUACGGAGGAAGUUUCACAAGAUUCGGCUACUGCACCAACGCUCCUCGACUCGCUCGAUUCGGUGCCAAUAUCAACGAUGAUUCCAACACUGGAUUUUCCGAAACCGCCUUUGAUUCAGAUUCCAAUCAAACCUUUGAACCACAAAAUUACCAACCCAGUACUGAACAUGGUUCAACGGAUUUUAGCGCUAUGCGUGAUGCUGAAAUGGGUCACUAGUGACUUCGACGUCGACCUGCCUUUGAUCUCUGUAACCUUUGUAUUUGCUCGUUUUAUGUACAGCAUUCGUUUAUUCAUAAUAAUUAACAGUGAAUGA